GGAGCCGGAAGUCCCUGUCUCCCGGGUGUUGCUGCUAUUGUGACCGGGAGGGCUGUGCGCUCCUGGGCCUCCACUUGUUACCUGAGCUCUGAGGGCCGAGCAGUUCAGCCCUGCUCUGUGCUGGCUGGGUUUGCCUGUAUUUGUUCCCAGUCACUGCUCAUGUAAUGCACUCCCUUAGCCAGGAAAUUAAAGCAUUCUCCCGGAAUAAUCUCAGGAAGCAAUGCACCAGGGUGACAACGCUAACUGGGAAGAAAAUUAUAGAAACCUGGAAAGAUGCCAGAAUUCAUGUUGUGGAAGAAGUAGAGCCGAGCAGUGGGGGUGGUUGUGGUUAUGUGCAGGAUCUUAGCUUGGACCUGCAAGUUGGCGUUAUUAAGCCAUGGUUGCUCGUGGGGUCACAAGAUGCUGCUCAUGAUCUGGAUACACUGAAAAAGCACAAGGUGACUCAUAUUCUCAAUGUUGCAUAUGGAGUUGAAAAUGUUUUCCUCAGUGACUUUAUAUAUAAGAGCAUUUCUAUACUGGAUCUGCCUGAAACCAAUAUCCUGUCUUAUUUUCCAGAAUGUUUUGAAUUUAUUGAACAAACAAAAAUGAAGGAUGGAGUGGUUCUAGUCCAUUGCAAUGCAGGGGUUUCCAGGGCAGCUGCAAUUGUAAUAGGCUUCCUGAUGAAUUCUGAAGAAAUCUCAUUUACCACUGCUUUUUCUCUGGUGAAAAAUGCAAGGCCUUCCAUAUGUCCAAAUGCUGGCUUCAUGGAACAGCUUCGUACAUAUCAAGAGGGCAAAGAAAGCAAUCAGUCUGACAAAAUGCAGGAAUUAGAAGGAGACAACAAUUCAUGAGUUACAUCCUAGCAGGUGACGGACAACUAGUUUCUCAGUUGACCUCUAUAACCACCUUUCUCCUUUUUUUAGAGAAUAGACUAAUAAAAACUUGUUUUGUUUU